CCGGCUCCGGCUCCGGGUCUGACUCGGAGGGCUCAGCGCCCCCUCCCCCACCCCCUCCUCCCCCAGCCGAUACAGUGGAGCCCAUGCCAGACAAUGCGAAGGGGUUGAACAUCAAGUGCAGCGACUGGAGGGAUCAGAAGGACUUCAAGGUCGCGCCACAGCAGAUGCAGCAGAUGGCCAAGUGCAUGGCGGCAGACUGCGUUCAGUCGUUUGAGACUGUGGGAUGCCGGUUCACUGACGCCAACAGACUCUGCUACACCGAUGUCGGGCAGGGUUGGUGCUCCCAGCACGUCGGCCAUCCGCAGUGCAACGAUCUCGGGGUAUCCGUUCUGGCCCCUCCAGCUGGAACUUCGAGCUGGACGCCGAUCGAGGACGUGGCGCUCUUCGGCUCAGCAUCGGGUGAUGCGCAUUACGGCUGCACGUGCAUGAAGCAUUGCACCUACUCCAGCGGAUCGAAGAAGUUCCGUUGUGCGACUGGGUAUUCAAAGGUGGGCGUCAGUGGCUCGCCGGCAGACACUCCUGCUUCCAUCGUCAACGACGAGGGAAAGGCCGAGGACUGCGCUUGCUUCUGUGGGAAAGGCGAAGAGUGGUACAAGAGCUGAGCCGCAACGUCUUGCCCUGCUGUUCCAUUGCAAGCACGACGCCCCUCUUGGGGUUGUCUGACACUUUUUUGUAUGUUAUCCCAGCAUUCACUUCUAAUGAAACGUGGCGACAG